UUGCCUUAGUCAGUCGUGAGUGGUGGACGUAUUUAUUUCCUCUUCUAUUUUUCUUCAGUGAAAUUUAUUAAGUUAUUCGAACGUACCGAAAAAGAACAUUCAUUCUCCUUAUUACGACUUGUGUGUGAUAAUCAAAAUGUCUUCUUCAACGAGUGAUAUACAGGAUAAAGUAAGGGCAAAUCUGUUUGUUAGUAUACGAAGAAAGAAAGAGAAGUUGGAGACGUGCAGCUUGGAGAGGAAGACGGAAAAGAAGGCAACAGACGAUAACUACUUCACCUUGAGACGUCAACGUUGGGGCUCCGACCCGCGGCUGCAGACGUGCCGGGGGAAGCUGCAGAACCGCCGCUCCAAGCUCAACCAGGAGAUCAACAAGGAGCUGAUGCUGAGAGCUGGAGCCCAGAACCUCUUUAAUGAAGAAUCUAGUAAUACUGAUUUGGAAAUUGUAAAUUGCAAAACGCAGGCAUCUGAAUCUCAACCAGAAAAGUUAAUAAAAAGGGAAAUAAAAGAAAGUGAAGAUCAUUUGGACACGCCCGAUAAUUAUAAAUACAAAGUCAAAGACAAUGGAAGCAAUUGUGAUCUUCAGUCCAGUGAUCAAAUUGAAAUCAUCGGGGAACAUCAGAGUAACUCAAAUAUCAUUGAAGUUGCAGAAAAUUUGCAAAGUGAACAGAUAGACAAUCAGCAAAGUAAAGAUACAGUAAAUAACAACUCAGAGUCAGCCUUUGAGGAGAAAUUGUUAAGUAUAGAAACCUUGGAGGCACCUCAAGAGGAACCACCACCACCACCACUAUCAGAUAACUUCACAGAUCCAGAGGAUGUACUUAUUAUUACACAGAAGAGCUAUAAUCUUGACGUUCUUGACAAUUUAAAUGAUCCUAACUUUAAUCCAUUUCCCACAAAGACUUACAUUAGAAGCCCUCCACUGCCAAGCCCAGAGCCUGGUUAUCUUGCACUUACAGAAGACAAAAGUGAGGAAAACCAAAGGCUAGUCUACCAAAGAAAGCCCCCCGGAAAGAAAGGAUUUACUGUCGUUAAGAACAAAGCCAAAAUUAAAGUACCUUCUAUAGAUGACACAGAUUUACCUAAGGAAAUAGUUAAUGUUCCUGAACACUCGGAUAAAGAUGAUCCCAACUUUGAUCCUUUCCAGUCAAGAUCGUCUCUAAACAAAAAUACUUCAACUCUUCGUGAAUCUAACUCUUCUAAUAUAGUGCCAAAAAAUAUUGACAUUGCCAAAGUUAAUUCUGUGAAUAUUGAGACAAAAUCUGAUACCGAAUGUGAUAAAGAUAGUGCUACAGAUUUUAGGACACAAGUUGAGUAUAGCAAAGACUCAGUCAGAAGCUUUUCAAGAAAACAUAAAAGAAGAAUCUUUAUUAGUAAUAAGAUUGAGAAGGAAGAUAAGCCAGAGGUUAUAGAAUCUAAUAUUUCUGAAAAAGAAACCCGUGUUUCAAUAGGAGAUACGCAGGAAAUAGAAAUAAACCUUCCCAAAGUUGCAUCCAUUGGUACAAUUGGUCAACUUAACAGUCUUGAGUUUGCCCAGCUGCUUGGCAAUGAAGCCAGUCGUCUUGCUAAGGUGUUUAUUAACUGCUCCACUGAUUCUGGAUUGCCUGAUUCAGAUGAGAGCAGUUAUAUCAAGCCCCACAACAAUCAUAGUGAAGCUGGACCUGAAAAUGCAACAGGUCUUACCUCUAGUGACCUUAGAUGUGCAUCACAAUUGAAUACUGAAGAUGCAGAAGAAAUGCGUGAUCAAAUUACAGAUGAAGAGUUCCUUGCCUCGCAAGCAUUUUUCAAAAAAGCGACUGAUAUGGAGAACCAGCUGCGUAAAUCUUUGGCAACACCAUUGAUGGGAAGUCACAGUAAAUUAAGUGGAGAUGACGUGAGGCCCACCAGAGACAGAAGAGAUCACCCAGCAGUUACUCCGGUCUCGCCACAACACAAGUCCCGUGCACAUCUUCCCCUGCUCCACUGCGACUUCAUCCUUGAGCACUACAGUGAAGAGCCAGACAAAUAUGAUGAGGCUAUCUCCGAAUUUAUGGACCUCAGAGGGGCAAUGCGCACUCCAGAGCGAGACGAAUCUGGAGUAGCUCUACUGUUUGAAUACUUCAAUCAGCUUUAUUUCAUCGACAGACGCUUUUUCCCUCCAGAUAGAUCACUCGGCAUAUAUUUUGAAUGGUAUGAUUCACUGACAGGGACACCAAGCUGCCAAAGGACAGUUGCAUUUGAAAAAGCAUGUGUGCUUUUUAAUCUUGGAGCACUGUAUACACAACUGGGAGCACGCCAUGACAGAACCUCUGCUGCAGGAUUGGAUGCAGCGGUUAAUAAUUUCCUGCGGGCAGCAGGGAUGUUCCGUUAUCUUCACGACACAUUUACCAAUGCCCCAUCCAAAGACCUGAGUCCAGAAGUUCUUGAUAUGCUCAUUCACCUCAUGCUGGUAAGUGUACCGGACUUGUAUAAGGUGUUCUUACACUAUGCUUUCAGAUAUUCACAGGUGUUGAAAACAAUCUCGGGUGCAUCAGUGAAGGACUAUGUACCAGCCUCAUGGAUCAGCAUGGUUCACAUAAAGGCAGAAUAUUAUCGAGGUCGUGCCCAUUACCGUAUGGCUGAAGCAUUGCUUACUCUCCCCAUUGACGAGAGAGAUCAGGAGCAACUUAGCAUUAGGGUUCAGAAUGCUCUGCAAUUUGUCCACCUGCCACCUGUUAGCAAUACUACCUUAGAAAUUAGCGUUCCUACCAACCAUCAAGAACGUACCCUUCUCGGUCUGGCUCAUUGUCGUGAGUCGGUACUAGUUCAUGAGGAGGCAAUGCGGCAGCAGCGUAUGUGUCGGGAUCUUAAGAAAAAAUCUGCUCUGACAGAGGUAUUGCACUUUGGUCAUGAAGCUGCUGUUCACCUUCUUGAUCUUUACGAAGAAGAAGAAGACCUACUAAAUGUUUGGGACCCACCACCCAUUGCAUCUGCAACAAAGAUUCAGUUAUCUCUGACUGCUCCGGACUUCUCACAACAUCGUGUAGAGGACGUAUUUAAGCUAUUGGGGCCAGUGGCUGUUUUUUCUGCGAAGCACCAAUGGUCAGCACCGCGGCCCAUCUCGAUAACGCGAACUGUCACUCAAGGUUUUGGCUUUUCAGUGAGAGGGGAUGCCCCUGUGGUAAUAGCUGGUGUUGACAGAGGAAGCCUGGCUGAGAGGGCUGGUGUAAAUGAGGGCGAUUUAGUGGUUUGCAUUGGUAAUCGUGAUGUGAAGUGGAUGCCACACGAUGAGGUUGUUGGCCUCAUUCGUGAUGCAGGAAACAUGCUCAGCUUAACACUUGUUACUCCUUGUGACAAGACUUACUACAAGUUACCAAAAAGCAAAAGUCUUAAGGACAUAUCUCCACACUCUACCACAAGCAGCAGCAGUGGAAUUAGCAGCAGUAGUAGUAAUGGCAGCAGCAGUCAUUUUGGCUCGGUAAACAGUUCCAGUCUAUCGACCAAGGACAAAGAUAAACGGAACAGCUGGAAUCCCUUCAAGAGAUCAACAUCAAGAGACAAACUAAAGUCCGAUUCUCUUAUUGACUGCAAUGUUAUUUUACGAUAAAUGGACUCAUUGUUGAAGUCUGUUAAUAUUGCAAUUUUAGUAACAAAUCAAACAUAUUAUCAGACCAGCAAAAUCAGUAUUAAUGUUUUGCACAAGCAUCUUCAGUUUCCACAGUGCAAUGUUUGUUACAGCAUACUGGGCAGUAUAUAGUGUACUGAGCAGUACGCAGUGCACCGAGUGGUAUUGCAUGGUACCGAGCGGUAUCACAGUGUCAGGUUAGGUUAUUGCUGCUUACUGGGCCAUAUUACAGUGCUCCGGGUGGUAUCACAGUGUUCCAGGUAGCAUCGUGGCAUAAAAGGCAGUACAAUGGUGUACCAGGCAGCAUCACAGCGUAUCGGGCAGUAUCACAGUGCUCUGGGCAGUAUCACAGUGCUCUGGGCAGUAUCACAGUGCUCUGGGCAGUAUCACUGUGCCCUGGGCAGUAUCACUGUGCCCUGGGCAGUAUCACUGUGCUCUGGGCAGUAUCACUGUGCUCUGGGCAGUAUCACUGUGCUCUGGGCAGUAUCACUGUGCCCUGGGCAGUAUCACUGUGCUCUGGGCAGUAUCACUGUGCUCUGGGCAGUAUCACUGUGCCCUGGGCAGUAUCACUGUGCCCUGGGCAGUAUCACUGUGCUCUGGGCAGUAUCACUGUGCUCUGGGCAGUAUCACUGUGCUCUGGGCAGUAUCACUGUGCUCUGGGCAGUAUCACUGUGCUCUGGGCAGUAUCACUGUGCCCUGGGCAGUAUCACAGGAACUAAUGCCAAACUUGUAUUAUAAUAAUUUAUGCUAAACCCUUAUUUUCCACUUGUAGUAUUGUUAAAUCUUGGCAGUUUACGUUUUUCCAUAAAGUGGCUGUGAUAAGUAUCCUAACCUCAUUUAUCAUUAAAUAGAUUAUUCAUCGUUUGAGUAAAUUAUCCUAAUGUUUUCAACUAUACCUUAUAUGUUGAAACCUUAAUUAAGUCAAAUUAAACUUGACAGGUAUACUAUAUAAAUACAAAUAAAACCAAAUUUAUUGAAAUAUAAAUUUUUGUUGCAAUUGUUACCAUCAACGUAACAGUAGAAUCAAGGCGAUACAUUAAAUCUUUAUUAUCUUGAAGCCUUUGAUUUCUAAAGUUACAAUUUGUAAUAGUUUAGAAUGUUAUUUUCCAAACUUAAAAGUAAUUGAUGGAUGCUUCUAAGUACAAUAUACACAAGAAGUGAGGAAUUAAGAUAAAGGAAAACAAAACAAACAAAUGGUCUAUUAUGAAGUUUGCAGUUUAAAAUGUGUGAUGGACCUUUGCUUUCAGUGUUAAAAUAGUCCAAUUUCAAAGAGGCUAUCCAAUCUAAAUUAUUUUUUUUUUAAAGUCUAACCAAUCUACUGCAGUGGGAAGAUCAUGGUGAACAUGUUUAUGGAUUUAGGCCAAUUUUUUUUUUUUUUUCUUGAAAAUCAUUUAAU